GCAAUUCAGAAGGCAGAGCAGGUGGUGGAGGAGGAAGAAGAAGGUGCCAAGCAGCAGCCGCAGCCGCAGCAUCAAGAGGAGCAGUCAAAACAGCAGGCAGCAUCUCCUUCAGUGGAUGGCUUAAGCGCUCCCUCCUGCUCUUCAAACUUCGCACCUGCGGUGGGCAUCCCCUGGGGGCAGGCAGACCCACCAAGAACCAGCAAUGGGCAAACACAACAGCAAACUGGCUCCAGAGAUGCUGGACGACCUGGUGAGGAGCACUGAGUUCAAUGAGCAAGAGCUGAAGCAGUGGUACAAGGGCUUCCUGAAGGACUGCCCCACGGGCAUCCUCAAUUUGGAGGAAUUCCAGCAACUCUACAUCAAGUUUUUCCCUUACGGCGAUGCCUCCAAGUUUGCCCAGCAUGCAUUUCGCACGUUUGACAAGAACGGGGAUGGGACCAUCGACUUCCGGGAGUUCAUUUGCGCUCUCUCAGUCACCUCCAGGGGAAGCUUUGAGCAAAAGCUGAACUGGGCCUUUGAGAUGUACGACUUGGAUGGAGAUGGCAAGAUAACGCGCUUGGAGAUGCUGGAGAUAAUUGAGGCCAUCUACAAGAUGGUGGGCACCGUCAUCAUGAUGAGGAUGAACCAAGAUGGGUUGACGCCGCAGCAGCGUGUCGACAAGAUCUUCACAAAGAUGGACAAAGACAAAGACGACCAGAUCACCCUGGAAGAGUUCAAAGAAGCCGCCAAGAGUGACCCUUCCAUUGUCCUCCUGCUGCAGUGUGACAUGCAGAAGUAGAGGGAGGGUCCCAAUGCACAACUCACCCCCCGCCCUACCCUGGCCUGGCCUACCCAUCCUUGCAUCUUUCCCCCCUUCUCCUGGGGAGCUGCAGACUCCACUCCCUGGGACAGGAAGCACUGUGUUUCACACAGCCUCCUGGGUCCCAAACAAGGCCCCACCAUGCAAUCCCCUGGGGCCUGCAGCUCAUAAUUUGCACAGUUCCUCUGGCCAUUGCUCUUGUGACCUCACCAAGGUCCUAUUAGAAUGAAUUUCUUCUGUCUCGACCCUCCGGUCCCACCACCUCUGGGGCCCAUCAUCCCUCUUGCCUCCCCCUUUGCUCCUGGACAUUCCCAAGAACAUACAGGCCAACUUACCUUUCGAUGGCUUGCCUAUAUAUCCAUGACCCUUGACAACUGCAAGGUCUUGUAAUCCUCAGAAGUCUGUUAUCCUUCACUUCAGUUGUAGCUCUUAGGAUUAGGGCAGAUCUCUUCCCUCCGGUGACCCUCUAACGUAAUCUUCAGAUGUGCCCCUUGAACGGCAGCUCUGGGGCAACCAUUUCCCUCCCCUGCCCUGUAAUUCCCCCUGCCCAACACACUCAGCUUGAAGCCCCAAAUAGGGAACAGGUCAUUUCUCCCCUCAACACCUUUCCUACCCCUUUCUUCACAGCCAUGAAUAGUGAAUGGCAGCAGCAAAACGUCCUAGCAAUGGGUCAAAGGUAUUCUUUCCCCCUCUAGACUCUCCUCCUCCUCCUCUCUUCCUUGAAAACAGAGUGGCAUCACCUGCCAUUGAAGGGGAUGCCAUUGUCAGAGGUAAGAAGUGUUUCUGGGUAAUCAUGGGGCAGCAUUCUCCAAUCUGGUGCUGGCUAGUGCUGAUGGUUGUCACCCAAAACAUCUGGGGGGCACUGCGUUGGGUAGCACUGUCCUAAGAUGGCCAUGUUGAAAAUGCAGGGUGUUCUGUGUUUGCUCUUCCUGAAUCCUUUGCUCUUGCCAUCCCAUCUACUAAUGGGCAGGGGGGAGAAACAUCUGCAUUUCAAAAGGGCUGAAGAAUCAAUGAUAGUUGGGGAAAAUGCUGUAGGAUUCUGGGAUUCUGGCAUUCCAUGUUUUAAGCAUCUCUCCUUCUUCCAGCCAACAAGAGACAACAGGCAGGUUUU